GUAUAAAGAAGAUAGGAUGGCGCAGUGGCUGGCGUCGCCGACCUACUCAGAUGGACCAGAGAUGCCAAUAGAUGUGAAGGGUGGGGUAUCAGUCGUAAUGCCAGAGGAAGGAACGUGGACGGACCUGGAGUCGGCCUAUCAAACCGUAAUGCUGGCCAAAAGUGAUGCCUUCCUAUGGAUUGAGACGAUGUGGACUAAGGUAACCUUGGCCAGGAUAACGCCUUGCCUAUUGGUCUUAGAGUUCCGGGGGACCGUGGAAGCCCGGGGAUGGAUCUACCUGUCAAAGGAGAGGGAGACUGCGAUGGUUGUCGAAUUUGCCUUGGGGAAACUUCCGUACAAACUGUUCAGGGAGGCCGAGUGGGAAGUAGUGUGGGCCGCGUGCCAGCGAGUGGAAAUGACGAUGGAAUCGAUUGAUGUGCGGGUAGAACUUGGGGAUAGGGAAAACGUGCGGAAGCCGUACAGGGCCAUAAGGGAAUCAAGGAUGGCAAGGGAGCAAAGCUUGUGGGCGCGGAUGUUUAGAGGAUGGACACCUAGGAAGGUUGAGGGCGGGGCAGAGAUGGUCUUGCCAACAAGGAACGAGUGGCGUGGCGCGGCCUGCGACUGGGUGGGAGUAGAGAUGGUACCGACUAUGUCCUUUUUGUGGGUAGAACGGGUGUGGGAUCCGGUUCGAGAAAAUGAGGCAUGGGAUGACAUAGCCGAGGGGAACGUGGAAGCACUUGGGACGGUGUGCCUUUCAAAGAAUGGGUGGUAUAUAUUUUGCACGCACCUAGCGGAGGGACGAGAUCCGAUGUGGACUUUAGAGGAUGCCGAGCGGUUAACUUGGGAAAUGGGGCAGGAUUUUGCAAAUGAGGGGUGGGAUGAAGUGGGAAGCAGGGUCGUGAUGGGUGGAUGGGAGGACCUUAGGCUCCCCUACCAGCUAGUCCAGGUGAGGGUGCCGCAUUUUGUUGCACAUUGGUUCGGAGGGUACGAACAUAUCAGCGCAGUAGCGGAGUCCAUGGACGAGGUAGAGCUAGGCUUCACCUGGUUGUCGGACGAUUAUUACGAAGCGUCGUUGCAGUUCGGGCCGUUUCACGGGGACCGGGCAGAGGAAGUGGUCGAGAUCCUGAAGGAGCUUAAGGACUACCGACUAGAGGACACGGUGUACCUGGUGGUGGAACUAGAAUGGCGCGCAAGGGGUGAGUUUGGGGGCACCAACCUGGAGUUGCCAAGACGGGUGCAAGCGACAGGGUCCCUAUACUUGUUGGAUGCGGGAUGGCAGACCUUCGGGGUGGCCCUGGCGGAUGGCGGUGACCCCGUACGGAUGUUUGACGGGGCGUGGCAGGUGACCUGCAGGGAAGGGUUUGCGUUCGCCAACCCGGACCGGGAUGACGUGACGGCGACCGUCCGGGUGGUCGAGGUAGGAGCUAGUAUCUUGCCUUAUGAAAAUGUGCGCAUGGUCUUGCCACCCUUUUCGCUUGAGCGAAUGGGAGGGGUAGAACGUGCUGAGAUGGCAGUGAUAGCCCUGGGUAGGUUGAGUUUUAGUAACAUGAGCAUCUAUCGAGAAUACUACCGAGCCUUUCUGGAACUAGGGCCGUUCGAUGAGGAGCAGGAGUACGAGGUGCUAAACAUUCUACAGGCCGUAGUGGGCACUAGACCUGGAAUACCGACGGUAACCGAGGAAGUCGUGUGGGAGAUAGCUAGGCGCGAGAUAGGAUGCGGGCUGACGGCGAUAUUCGCCAACAAUGGCGGCACGACGCGUCCGUACGAACCGGCGGGACAUGCACCCGCAACCGCCCAUGGAAACCGGAGGCGGAUGGGAAGUGUCACUCCCGGCGAGCUACAUUGGCUGGAAGAGGCAGAGCCGAUCGACGCGUUCCUCGACUACGAGGGCGGGACGCUGGUAGUAGACAGCGAGAUGGCCGGAACCACUUGCACAACUGGGGAGCUAUUGAUCAAAGCACUCGAAAAGGGGCCUCCGACAGUGGCUGCCGAGUUAAGGGAAGGAACGGUGACCAAAGUUGGGAGGAGGGAAGAGAAGGACGCUACGGGCAGUGUUGUGAAGCCCCGGGAUGUAAAAAUCGCACUAGCCGCUGAGAGAGGCUGGAGAAGGGUUAUGAGCAUGAUGGAGUCUCAGGAGCUGGAGAUGCAGCACUAUCAGGCCUAUCAGGUGGAUAAUAAUCAGACGGGUACUCAGGAAGAAGAGCAGUUCUUCCUCAUCAAGUCAUAUGAAGGAUUUUUCAGAGAAAUAGGGUUGCUACAGGUGGGGAAAAAGGAACCCCACGAGGUUAGUCCUAGAGCUAGGAAGGAUGCGGAUAGGUCUGUGCUUAGAAGGGGGCACCUAUUCCGAAAGGAGGAAGGCCUGACGCCCAGGAGAGUAGUUUGUGGAAGGAUACGACAGCUCGACAUUAUUCAGGCCAUGCAUGACGGAUUGGCUGGUGGCCAUCGCUCAUCCAAAGGGACCCUAGCCAAGAUAACGCCGCUCUAUUAUUGGUCGGGAAUGGCAUCUAUGGUAGCCACGUACCGCCAGACCUGCAAAAUCUCCCAGGAACGAAGCACGGUCCACAUUUUCGAGCCACUUAGACCCACCCGCGUGCUGGGGCCAGGGCAUAUGGUACAUCUCGACCUGGCAGUCAUGUCGGUUUCCAGAAAAGGGUACAGGUACAUACUUGACGCAAGGAAAAACCUUAGUGGGUUUGUCGAGGCAACAACGCUCAAGAAGAAAACUGGGUUUGCAGUUGCAGACUGGGUGGAGAACUUUUAUUUGAGGCACCCGUUCAUCAGGAGAUUCAUAGGCGACAAUGGGACUGAGUUUGUGAACCAGGACGUCUUGAAUACCUGCAAGAGGCUUGGCGUACUGAUCAAAUUGACAGAACCAUACCACCCUGAGGUCAACGCGCCACUCGAGCGAGGGCACCAAACGCUUAAGAACACGAUUGCAAAGCUGGCAGCAGAUGACCUUGGGAACUGGCCGGACUAUCUCAGACACGCGGUAUUUGCCGAGAAUAUGACACCAAAAAGGACGACGGGAUGCAUCCCGGCAAAGCUAUGGUAUGGCAGGGAGAUUGACUUUUCGGUAGAAGCCCUAGUACCCACCAGGAACAAAUUGGAAGAUGACCCUCAUCUGACUACGGAACAAUUGAUUGAGGCAAGGUGUGAACAAGCGGCCAGGAACGAGGAGGCCUUGGAAGGAAUAGCUCACAAGGUACUAGACAGUCGCAUGAAGGACAAAACCAGGUGGGACCAAUUGAAGAACAUCCGGAAGGAGCCUCUGCAGGUCGGGGAGAUGGUCCUAGUCAGAAAUUCGGCACUUGAAACUACAUGGUCAGGCCAGUUGGGGCGGCAAUUCAAGGGACCUUGCCGUAUUGCAAGAAAGUUGGGUGUGAGCACGUUUGAGAUUGAGAACCUGGAUGGGAUCACUAUAAGGGGGCCAGUCCCUGCGCAACGACCGAUCAGGUUUCUCACUAGGGAUCCGGUGGAACAAUGGCUGCAAGAAGCCCAGGAUAAGGAGGCGGGCUCAGGACAGAGGCAAGAGACCUACUUAUCGCUUGUGCUUCUGGUUGUUGUCUUUUCUUUUUUGUGUUUCUCUCCUUUUGACGGCAUGGGUGUGCACGAGUCGCAUGGGAAAACGUUCGAUUCGGCGGGGGUUUUCGGUAUCAUAGUUUUUGUGGGAUACUGGGAUGAGCAACGGGGGAUGGGACAUUGUACCAUAAGACAUGGCAUUGGAGGGGCGUUGGGAAAAGGGGGCGAGGUGGUCGGCUGUUCCUCCUUUCUUUUCUUCUUCAUGCCUUUCUGUUUCCGUGGGAGCAACCGGGAUUGGGGGACACGUGUGGGCAGAGCCUGGGAUGAGUGUCACAAGGGGAUGGGUUGGGGCUUUCUCCUGUCUUGUGUCAGGCGGACCAAGAUGGCACCCAACAACGAGAAUGAUAUUAAUCAAGCAAACAUCAAUGUUGAUGACCCAUGGCGGCAACCAGAGACGCCGCAAAACAGAAACACACCGGUGCUCGUGAUAGGACCACAACCCCGGCCCCUUGUGAGGACGGGAAAAAGGAAGAUGCGAGCCUGUAGACCCUCCCCUACAAAAGAAGGCGAUGUGCUCCCAGCCUGGCCAGAGGAUGAAAGUGCGCAAGAAUGGGAGGAAAGGAGGGAAGAAAAAGGGACAGAGGACCAGCACAAGGAAAAACCUGGGCAGGGAAGCCGGAAAGACGCUAAGGGAUCCACAGAAGAUGACAGUGAGACAGUGGAGGACAUUCCGGAUAUUGUAAUUGUAAGUAGCGAUGACGAGAUGGAUAGGGUCUCAAGGCCCAGGCCGGAAGGACAGGCAUCAACAAGCAGGGCCUCAGAGGAGGUCCACGAUUGGGAGGAGGUAUUCUGCCCCACACCCAGUCAUUGGUUCGAGGUGUGGGCCAGCACUUUCAGACAUCACUGGAUUAUUAUAGCCCGUAGCCUCAUGGCGGCUGGGGAGACGGUCACGCCAACGGACUUUUUCUUAGAAAAAACAUUACAUGAUAUGAAGAAAACAUUGGACGAGGUAAGUGGCUUGGACGAUCUGGCAAUGAAGGGAUUGUGCGACAUGGGACCGUUUUCGUGUAGGGUAGAGACGCGUACGGGAAUGGGUACCACGCCCUACAUGGCCGAGCAGGAAGCAAAGGUCGCCGCCAUCCUCAAAGAGAGAAAAGAGAAGAAAGAGGCCAAGAAGAAGGCCCUACAGGAGGAGCAGGCGACGAAGUUGAAAAAGAUAGAGGAGGAGAUGGCCAGAGAGAAGGAGAGGCUGAAGAGAGAAGAAGAAGCAAAAUUAAAGGAAGUGGAAGAGGAAGAAGAAGAAGUAGAAGAGGAGCCACUAGAGAGAGGAAGAAGAGGAAACAGAGGGGCGUCCAGUGAGACAAAGGAAGACUUGAUGGAGAAGAAGAUUUCAGAGUGGGGUGCAGGACUGACCCUGGGAGAGGAUGAGGAGGCGUUAAUGUAUGUACCAAGGGACGAGCAGGAGGUGGUCGUGCGAGAGUGGGAAGCUGAAGGAGACCCACUCAAGCGGCAAGUGUUAGAAGAUGAGAAGAGGAUGGAGUGGAAGUUUCGCCUUACUGGGGAGAGAAAGACAAGAAUGGAGGCGGCAACAGAGGCGGCGCAAGAGUUGGAAGAGAUUAGGAAGCAGAGGGAUCAGAUGGCGGUCCAAGUAGACUUAUUGGGAAAGGUAGAGAUCCUGGCCAAGAACGUGGAACGCCUGGCAAAGGCCCAGGAGGAGCAACUUCUGUUUGGUAGAGGCCAGGACAUUGUCGUGCGUUCGAUACGGUCGGGGCUUAGGGACUUUGCUCGGGAGUUGGCUAUGCAGUUGGGCUCGUAUGUGACAGCCCGCCUCGAGGGCACAAAACGAUACUGUGUUGGGGCCAAGCUGACUGCCCCAAAGAGGCUCGUUGGGCUGCGCAAGAAGCAAGAGCCAGCCGCCGAUAGGGGUAGCAACUGCCUCUACCAUAGGGCCAUCAAGACCCUCGAAGAGCAUCAGGGUCAUCUCACGCAGGUCUUGGUGAAGCUGAGAGAAGCUAACUUCAAGAUCAACGCAAAGAAGUGCGAAUGGGCAAAGACCCAAGUGUUAUAUUUGGGCCACGUCUUAGACGAAGAUAGCAUCAAGCCAGAGGAUAGUAAGAUUGCAGCGAUCAGGGAUUGGCCUAUACCACGUACGUUGACAGAGUUGUGGUCAUUCCUAGGCCUAGCGAACUAUUAUAGGAAGUUCGUAAGGAACUUCUCCACUAUCGCGGCGCCCCUUCGCAAAUUGCUAAGGAAAGAAACCAUCUGGAAGUGGGACAAGGACUGCACGUCUGCCAUGAAGAAGUUGAAACAGACACUGAUAGAGUAUCCAGUCCUUAAGGUGGCCGAUCCGUCCUUACCCUUUGUCGUCACUACGGACGCCAGUCAAUUCGGAAUAGGUGUUGUUCCGCAACAAGACGAUGGCAAUGGUAAUAGGCCCGUAGAGUUCAUGUCUGCUAGGAUGACUUCAGAGAAGGUGGCGACAUCUACCUAUGAGAGGGAACUCUACGCUCUCUGGCAAGCGUUAGACCAUUGGAAGCACUACUUGCUUGGGAGGCACUUCAAAGUCUAUUCCGACCACGAAACGUUAAGAUGGUUAAAGACGCAGGCCAAGAUGACACCCAAGCUUACUAGGUGGGCCGCGGAAAUAGAUCAGUAUGAUUUUGAGCUCAAGCCAGUCAAAGGGAAAUAUAAUGUAGUUGCGGACGCUCUGAGUAGGAGAGCUGACUACUUUGGAGCGAUAGUUCACUAUCUGGACAUAGGGAGAGACCUGCAGGAAAGAGUUAAAGAGGCGUAUGCGCAAGACCCUAUCUACAGUGACCUCCUCAAGAAAGUAAAGGAGGCCCCAAAAACCGAGCCAGAUUACCGCACUACUGAUGGACUGUUAUUUGAAAAGACUAACGUAGUUGACCGUCUAUGCAUUCCCAAUAGUGAGGAGAUCCGUAGUUUGAUCUUAGGGGAAUGUCACGAUACAGAGGGUCACUUUGGUUGGCAAAAGACUCUAGCCAACCUAAUGCGCGCGUACACCUGGCCAAGGAUGAAGAAUGACUGCAUAGAGUAUGUUCGCAGUUGCAAAGUUUGCCAGAGCAAUAAGACUACUACGCAUGCCCCGCUAGGUCUUCUUAGACCCUUGCCUAUUCCUGAUCAGCCAGGAGACUCGGUGUCCAUUGAUUUCAUGGACGCUAGCGUCAAGAGUAGGCAUGGCAAGAGCCAAGUCAUGGUGAUAGUCGAUAGGUUUAGCAAGUAUGCUGUUUUUAUACCUUUGCCUUCAGAGGCACGAACCGAGUUAGUGAUCCGUAAGUUUUUUUAUCAUUGGGUCAGUGAGCACGGGGUCCCAUUGUCCAUAGUUAGUGAUAGAGACACCCGGUUCACGAGUCAGAACUGGCAGGUUGUUGAUGUCGUCAAGUCGUCACCCCGAGACCAACGGUCAGACCGAACAAAGGAAUAAGAUCAUGCAGCAAGUUCUAAGAAUGUAUAUCAGGCCAGAUCAAGUUGACUGGGAUGAGAUGCUUCCCAAGGUAGCCUGUGCUUACAACAA